UUAACUGAUGCAUUGGUAAAUGACAUUGAGCAAUUUGCAAAUCAUGCGGAACGAUUACGUCAAUCACUUGAUCCUUCCACCAAUACGAACGAUGGUAAGUCAAUGUGUGUAUCAGUACAUUCGGCACUUUCAUUGGUAUCACAAACGGUCCGUGAUUUAUUGGUCCGUUAUCCGGCUUUCAAAACAACUCAUGUUUUACUACCUGCUAGUCAACUGAUUCAUAGUGUUAAAGAAUUAAAUUUCGAUAAUUCAAAUAUUGAUGCAUCACGAACUCUUGCAUGUUUAGAGAAACUUGAAGCAGCUAUUGGUAAUACUCUCAAGCAGUCCUUGCGACCACGAACAACGUCAAAAUAUACAACAGCUACGUUAGGUCACAAAAGUAAACAUGUUCGUUAA